AUGUCUAUCUGCCCAGAGAGUUUCAGUUGCCCAAAUCCGAAUUUUGCCUCAUUCAAGUACCCGUUUUAUAAUAAUGCCACUGAUAACAAGCAAUGUGGGUUGAUCCAGGUCAACUGUACUUUGAAUGGUGGGAUAAUUCAACUUGGAGGAGACUCAUAUGAGAUUGUUGGCAAGUAUGUGUCUGAAUCAGUCGUAUCGAUCCGUAAUCUAACGUUUGAAAGACUUGUGAAUGAUAGCAGUUGUGGGGCACUUAUGGAUAAUUUCACUUCUCCAAUUCCUCUUUUGUAUUCCAUCUCAAUCGAAGGCGGCCAGUGUCAUACUCUAGAUGGACAUGUUCAGUGUCUAGACGCCAAAAAGGCAGAAAAAAGAGGCAGAAAACUGACACGAAUCCUAAUUUUCGCUGGAUCUGCCUUCAUCCUCAUGCUAUUUCUUGUCAUCUUCAUGAUCUGGUGUCGGUUUUCUUCUUUGGCGUCUCUGUUUUCUCCUACAAGGAUCUUUGAGGAUGCCACCAGAAAUUUUGACCCUGCUCAAGAACUAGGGAAUGGAGGUUUUGGAGUUGUUUACUAUGGUAAACUCCAAGAUGGACGAGAAGUUGCAGUGAAGAGACUUUAUGAGCAUAACUGCAAGCGAGUUCAGCAAUUCAUGAAUGAGGUUCAAAUCCUCACCAGAUUACGCCACCCUAACCUUGUUGUGCUGUAUGGUUGCACCUCUCGACAAAGCCAUGAACUUCUUCUUGUGUAUGAGUACAUUUCCAAUGGCACACUUGCUGACCACAUCCAUGGAGAACAAGCAAAUUCAAGCUUACUAGCAUGGCCAUUACGGAUGAAUAUCGCCAUUCAAACUGCCAGAUCUCUAGUGUACCUCCAUGCCUCUGAAAUCAUUCACCGAGAUGUCAAGACUAGUAACAUUCUCCUUGAUCACAAUUUCUGUGCCAAAGUAGCAGAUUUUGGGCUCUCAAGGCUCUUACCAAAUGAUGUCACUCAUGUGUCUACAGCUCCUCAGGGGACCCCAGGUUACUUGGAUCCUCAAUAUCAUCAUCAUUACCAAUUAACAGACAAGAGUGAUGUUUACAGCUUUGGAGUGGUCUUGAUCGAACUGAUAUCAUCCAUGGUGGCUGUUGAUUUAAGUAGGACUCAAGACGAUAUCAGUUUGGUUAAUCUGGCUUUAAACAGGAUCCAAAGAUGUGCGUUUGAUCAAUUGAUCGACCCGGUUUUAGGAUCCGAUUCAGAUCCUGAAGUCAUGAGGAUGGUUACAUCGGUAGCAGAGUUGGCUUUUCGGUGUUUACAGUUUUAUUCGGAAAUGAGGCCUACAAUGAAUGAAGUGUUGGAUGUGUUGGUGGAUAUUCAGUCGCAGGGGAGAAUAGAUGUUGACGACAGCAUCAGAGAGUUGGAAGAAGUAAUAACGCCACCUCUGUCUGAAAACAAUGAUAAGACGGUUGUGUUGAAAGAUUUUCUACCUUCGCCAGUCUCCAUCACCGGUGAAUGGCAUAGUAAUAGCACCGUAUCAACUACACUAAACGUCAGAUAG